AGAAGGGAGGGGGAGCUUCUGGAGGGAGAAGUGUUCGCCGCCAUCUUAGCAUCGCCGCUGCUGCUUGUUGCGGCCGCGUCUGAGGAGAGAGCGAAAGACUUUGGAGCUGACCCGGGCCGGAAAGAGACCUCUGGGGUCUAACGGCCAAAGGGGAGGGGGAGGUGGGCUGUGAUCGAAUUCUUUGCCUGCUAGAAGCCCUUCUCCACUAGCAGCUCCUGUGUCUCGGGGUGGUGGGGAGCCCACCCGUUUGGGCCAGCCAUGGAUCCGGCGUUCCCCAAUCCAUCCCAGGACCCAAGCCAAGAGGACGGCAUGGCCUCGGAUGACUUUGAUAUCGUGAUAGAGGCCAUGUUGGAGGCCCCGUACAAGAAAGAGGAGGCCCAGCCAGGACCCUCAAAGCCACCAGCUGAUCCCCCCACAGCACAGCCGCCUCAGGAGGAGCAAGCAAAGGACGCAAAGAAAGAAAGCGCCCCCAGCAGCAGCGGGGAAAGCAGCAGCAAAAAGAAGAGGAGCAAGAGUCGUAGCAGGAGCCGUGACCACAGACAUAGCCGCAGUCGGGACCGAGACCGCCACCGCAGGCGCAGCCGCAGCAGAGAUCGCCGUAGCCGCCACCGGAGCAGAAGCCGCCACCGGAGCCGCAGCCGGGACCGCAGGCGGGGCAGCCGGUCUCGCAGCAGAGAGCGCCGGCGGGACGAGAGAGUGCGCUACCGGAGCCCCCCACCCCCUGGGCGUCGGUUUGGGCACAGCAAGAGUCCCUUGUACAGAGAGAAAAGCCCCCUCCGGGAGCCCUUGGGCAGCUUGAGCCCAGAGGAGCGUGAUGCCCGCACUGUCUUCUGCAUGCAGCUGGCUGCCCGCAUUCGCCCACGUGACCUUGAGGACUUUUUCUCUGCUGUCGGCAAGGUGCGCGAUGUGCGGAUCAUCUCCGACCGAAACUCCCGCCGCUCCAAGGGCAUCGCCUACGUGGAGUUCUGUGAGAUCCAGUCGGUACCGUUGGCCAUUGGGCUGACAGGGCAGCGCCUCCUCGGGGUGCCCAUCAUUGUCCAGGCCUCCCAGGCAGAGAAGAACCGGCUGGCAGCCAUGGCUAACAACCUUCAGAAAGGCAGUGGGGGGCCCAUGAGGCUCUACGUUGGCUCCCUUCACUGCAACAUCACCAAAGAGAUGCUUCGUGGGAUCUUUGAGCCCUUUGGCAAGAUUGACAGCAUUGUGCUGAUGCGUGACCAGGAUACCGGGCAGUCCAAGGGUUAUGGCUUCAUCACGUUUGCAGAGGCUGAGUGUGCCCGGCGUGCCCUGGAGCAGCUGAAUGGUUUCGAGCUGGCCGGCCGACCCAUGCGGGUGGGGCAGGUCACUGAGCGGUUGGACGGCACCACCGACAUCACCUUCCCGGAUGGUGAUGAGCCAGAGCGGUCGGCCCUUAAUCUCAGCACCACUGGCUCCCAGCUCCAGCUCAUGGCCAAACUGGCAGAAGCAGGUUCCGGGAUCCCCUUGUCAACUACAGCCGCGGCUCAGGCGGCCCUGCAGCUCAACGGAGCGAUACCCCUGGGAGCACUGAACCCAGCUGCCCUGACAGCUCUUAGCCCAGCACUGAACCUGGCUUCACAGACAUUGGCUUCCCAGUGCUUCCAGCUUUCGGGCCUCUUCACUCCCCAGACAAUGUAACUCAACCCGGUUCCCCCCCUGCCCUCCCUCUCCCACGGAGCCAGGAGGGGAAUGAUCAUCUCCACAUCAUCA